AUGAUAUCAAAGGUUGAAGCGGCCCGGCUGUUGGCGGAUAUUUCCGGAUACACCAGGAUGCGGAGGCAACCGCAGGGUUUCACCCUCCCCCCCUCCAACGGGGCAUCCUCCCUCGCUAGCUACCGUGGCUACGACCAUGUCCACUGGUACGUCGGCAACGCCAAGCAAGCUGCAAGCUUCUACAUCACCCGCAUGGGCUUCAAGCGCAUCGCCUACCGUGGCCUCGAGACUGGCAGCCGCCACCUCUGCUCCCAUGUCAUCCGUAACGGCGACAUCACAUUCAUCCUGACCUCGCCCCUGCGCUCUCAGGACCAGAACGACCGGUUCACUCCCGAGGAGCAAGCCGAGCUGCGUGAGAUUCACCACCACAUCGAGAAGCACGGUGAUGCCGUCAAGGAUGUCUCUUUCGAGGUUGACGAUGUCGACGCUGUUUUCAACGCCGCGGUGAAGAACGGCGGAAAGGCCGUAUCUGAGCCUAAGAUCCUCGAGGACAAGGAUGGCCAUGUCAAGGUUGCCACCAUCCAGACUUAUGGCGAGACUACCCACACCCUCAUUGAGCGCAGCCAGUACCAGGGUGCCUUUUUGCCUGGUUACCGUCUCGAGUCUGGUGCUGAGGACCCUAUCGCGAAGAUUUUGCCUCCUGUUCAACUGAAGCAUAUCGAUCACUGCGUUGGUAACCAGGAUUGGAAUGAGAUGGACAAGAUCUGUGAAUACUACGAGAAGGCACUUGGCUUCCACCGCUUUUGGUCGGUUGACGACAGCCAGAUUUGCACUGAAUUCUCUGCCUUGAAGAGUAUUGUCAUGGCAUCGCCCAACGAGCUCGUCAAGAUGCCCAUCAAUGAGCCUGCCAAGGGCAAGAAGCAAUCCCAGAUCGAGGAGUACGUGGACUUCUACAACGGUGCCGGUGUCCAGCACAUCGCUCUCCGGACCGACGACAUUAUCCGCGAUAUCACCAACUUGAAGGCUCGCGGAGUCGAGUUCAUCAAGGUCCCCGAGACAUACUACACCGACAUGAAGGCUCGCCUGAAGCAGUCUAGCUUGGUGCUGAAGGAAGACUUUGAAACCAUUAAGAGCUUGGAUAUUCUUAUUGACUUUGACGAGGGCGGCUACCUCCUUCAGCUGUUCACCAAGCAUAUGAUGGAUCGCCCCACGGUGUUCAUUGAGAUCAUCCAGCGACACAACUUCGAGGGCUUUGGUGCUGGAAACUUCAAGUCCCUCUUCGAAGCUAUUGAGCGAGAGCAGGAGCUGCGUGGCAAUCUCGUUUGA